UCGCCAAUGCAGACCGGAAAAGGAAAAUGGUGGCCAGUGAAAAUAGGCGACUUCAGUAGACAAGAGACACCAAACCCCUUAUCUCUGCAGGGGUGUCGAAAUUGUUUUCUCUGGGGGCCACAUCCCAGUUAUGGCUGCCAUCAAAGGUUCGCUUGUAACAGCAAAUAAUAUCAAUCAAUCAACGUUUACUUAUAUAACCCUAAAUUACUAAUGUCUCAAAGGGCUGCACAAACCACUACGACAUCCUCGGUAGGCCCACAUAAGGGCAAGGAAAACUCACAUCCAGUGGGACGUCGGUGACAGUGAUGACUAAAGGCAUGUCUCUCCAAAGCAUCUGGCCCUUGUGCGGGAGUUUUUGUAUGCACUGAGUGAGAGCCGUCGCCAUGGGCAACGAGGACAGCCUGGAGGACGUGUUUGUGGCUGUCCUACGGCCCAAGAGUCAGGUCAGCCUGAGCUCGAAGGAGUACCGAGCCAAAGCCUAUGAGAUUCUUCUGAGUGAAAUGCCCUUGGAGGGCAAGGAAAAGAAAAGGAAGAAAGUCCUCCUGACGACAAAAAUCCAAGCAUCAGGGGACAAAUCCAAAUCCAUUGUAGAUUAUGUUGCUGAAACCAUCAAGCCAUUAUCUAACAACCAAAGCUUCAUUGGUAAACGUGUAGUUCACAUGCAGAAAUUUCCCUUGGACGCCGACAAUAAAGUCAAAGAGGCGUCGCUGUUUGUGGUGCCAGUCAAUGUUAAAGAUAACAGCAAACCCAUUCACAACGCUAACAGCCCAUGCUUCUACUGCCUGCAGGACAUCAUGAGGGUGUGCAGCGAAACCAGCGUCAAUUUCUGCUCUAUCACUUCCAGGAUGCUCCUGGCCUUAGACAAGUGGUUAGCUGAACAGCACAGCGUGCCACACGCUAUCCCUGCCUUGUUCCGACCAGCCCCCGUGGAGCGUGUGAAGACCAACGUCAGCAACCCAGCAUACGGCAGCGAGGGCAAACUCAGCGAUGAGGGCUUAUACAUGGGGUACACGGCACUAGAGAUCAAGAGCAGGAUGAUGUCCCUCGAGAAGGCGGACAUGUGUGUCCUGAAUCCCCUUUAUGGCUCUGAUCUGCAGUACACUAACCGGGUGGACAAAGUUAUCAUCAACCCAUAUUUUGGGCUCGGAGCACCAGACUACUCCAAAAUCCAGAUCCCGACCAGAGAGAAGUGGCAACAUGGCGCCAACUGCACAGCAGAAGACAAGGAGCGUCAGUGGGUGGAAGACUUCCCACUCCACCGCAGUGCUUGCGAAGGAGACACAGAGCUCCUCUCCAAGCUUUUAGACAGCGGUUUCUCAGUCAAGCAGCUGGACAGCGACCACUGGGCCCCUGUCCACUAUGCCUGCUGGCACGGCAAAGUUGAGGCGACCAAACUCUUGCUGGAUAAAGGCAAAUGUAAUCCAAACCUGCUGAAUGGACAGCUCAGCUCCCCUCUGCACUUUGCUGCCAGGGGAGGGCAUGCUGAGAUUGUGCAACUCUUGCUGCAACACCCUGAAAUUGAUCGGCACAUUGAAGACCAGCAGAAGCGAUCGCCAAUGCAAGUGUGCCAGGAGAACAAACAGAACGAAUGGGAGGAGACGGUGAAGCUUUUGCAGCAGGCCAGCAGCAAACCUUACGAGAAGGUGCGCAUCUACCGCAUGGACGGCUCGUAUCGCUCCGUGGAGCUGAAGCACGGCAAUAACACCACGGUGCAGCAGAUCAUGGAGGGCAUGCGUCUUUCCCAGGACACUCAGCAGUACUUCACCAUCUGGAUCUGCUCGGAGAACCUCCACCUGCAGUUGAAGCCGUAUCACAAGCCCCUGCAGCACCUGCGCAUCUGGACUGAGAUAGUGACGGAUCUGACGGUGCUGGACCCUCAGAGAGAGACGCCCCAACUCUUCCUCCGGCGGGAUGUUCGCCUGCCUCUAGAAAUUGAGAAAAAGGUGGAGGAUCCGCUGGCCAUCCUCAUACUCUUCGACGAGGCUCGCCACUCACUCCUGAAGGGCUUCUUUCCGGCGCCGGACAGCAAACUGAUCACGCUGGCUAGCUUCCUGCUGCAGAUCAUCUAUGGCAACUACGAGAGCAAGAAACAUAAGCAGGGCUUCCUCAAUGAGGAAAACCUGAAGUCCAUUGUGCCGAUAUUAAAGGUGAAAAGCAAAGCGUACCACUGGACCAACAGGAUUCUCCAUGAGUACAAAGCACUGAGUACCAGCGAGGGCGUGAGCAAGGAGAUGCACCACCUGCAGCGACUCUUCCUGCAGAACUGCUGGGACAUCCCCACCUACGGAGCAGCUUUCUUCACAGGUCAGGUGUACACCAAGGCCAGCGCCAGCAACCACAAAGUCAUCCGCGUCUAUGUCGGCGUCAACACAAAGGGCCUGCACCUCAUGAAUAUGGAGACCAAGGCGCUUCUCAUCAGUUUAGAGUACGGCACAUUCAUGUGGCAACUGGGACAGGCCGACCAGUAUUUCCAAAUACACAGCGGUGAGAACAAAAUGAAUUUCAUCGUGCACACAAAACAGGCUGGCCUCAUUGUGAAGCUUUUAAUGAAGCUGAGCGGACAGAUGACUCCCAACGACAAAGGUGCUGCAGCAGACAAAUACGCUUACGGCUGAUGAAUCGUUGGUGCAAGAACAUUCAAAGAUGACAGUGCUGCCAAAAAGAGAUUUCUGCGCUGAAAAAAACACAACUGACUGCAAUAAUGUACAAACCCCGUUUCCAUAUGAGUUAAGAAAUUGUGUUAGAUGUAACUAAAAACGGAAUACAAUGAUUUGCAAAUCCUUUUCAACAUAUUUGAUGUUCAAACACAAACGUUAUUUUUUUUCAAAUAAUAAUUAACUUAGAAUUUCAUGGCUGCAACACGUGCCAAAGUAGUUAGGAAAGGGCAUGUUCACCACUGUGUUACAUCACAUUUUCUUUUAACAACACUCGAUAAACAAUCGGGAACUGAGGAAACUAAUUGUUGAAGCUUUGAAAGUGGAAUUCUUUACCUUUCUUGUUUGAUGUACAGCUUAAGUUGUUCAACAGUCUGGGGUCUUGUUGUCGUAUUUUACGCUUCAUAAUGCGCCACACAUUUUCGAUGGGAGACCUGCCUGGACUGCAGGCGGGCCAGGAAAGUACACGCACUAUUUUACUACAAAGUCACGCUGUUGUAACACGUGGCUUGGCAUUGUUUUGCUGAAAUAAGCAGGGGCGUCCAUGAUAACGUUGCUUGGAUGACAACAUAUGUUGCUCCAAAACCUGUAUGGACCAUUCAGUAUUAAUGGUGCCUUCACAGAUGUGUAAGUUACCCAUGUCUUGGGCACUAAUGCACACCCAUACCAUCACAGAUGCUGGCUUUUGAACUUUGCGCCUAUAACAAUCCGGAUGGUUAUUUUCCUCUUUGUUCCGAAGGACACCACGUCCACAGUUUCCAAAUAUAAUUUGAAAUGUGGACUUGUCAGAUCACAGAACACUUUUCCACUUUGCAUCAGUCCAUCUUAGAUGAGCUCGGGCCCAGCGAAGCUGGCGGUGUUCCUGGGUGUUGUUGAUAAAUGGCUUUCGCUUUGAAUAGUGAGUUUUAACUUGCACUUACAGAUAUAGCGACCAACUGUAGUUGCUGACAGUGGUUUUAUGACGUGUUCCUGAGCCUAUGUGGUGAUAUACUUUACACAUUGUCGGUUUUUGAUGCAGUACCGCCUGAGGGAUCAAACGUCUGCAAUAUCAUCGCUUACGUGCAGAAAUUUCUCCAGAUUUUCUGAACCUUUUGAUGAUUUUAUGGACCGUAGAUGUUAGGUAGUUUGGUAGGUAGGUCUUUAUUGUCAUUGCAACAAGUACAACAAAACUUCCCUAAAAUCCCUAAAUUCCUUGCAAUAGCUCGUUGAGAAAUGUUGUUCUAAAACUAUUCGACAAUUUGCUUACAAAUUGCUGACGCCUGCCCGAUCCUUGUUUGUGAAUUACUUAGCAUUUCACGGAAGCUGCUUUUAUACCCAAUCAUGGCACCCACCUGUUCCCAAUUAGCCUGCAAAUCUGUGGAAUGUUCCAAAUAAGUGUUUGAUGAGCAUUCCUCAACUUUAUCAGUAUUUAUUGCCACCUUUCCCAACUUCUUUAAAGCCACGUGUUGUGGCAUCAAAUUCCAAAGUUAAUGAUUAUUUGGAAAAAGUAGCAUAGUGUGUUUGUAGCAUAUUCAACUGAAUAUGGGUUGAAAAGGAUUUGCAGUUUGCAAAUACAUCAAAGAUGCUAUUAUAAUCCAUUUCUAAUGGAUAAAGCUUUGGCCUGGACAAGAGGUCAUCAGGUGGUCCCCAACGUUCACAGAGUGUUUCGACCCUUAACCACAACACUCUCCGGUUGGUGGGUCAGCAGUGAUUGGCCAGAUCACUGCUCCUCUCAUCCAGGCUUCCAGCUAUUGUCCUCUCUUUUAUGCCAGAGCCAACAGGAGGCUCUCUCCGCCGCUUCUCCCAGCCUACGAACGGCUGUUUUUCUCAAGUGACCUCUCAAUCCAACCUUUGUCAUCAUAUUCCACACAGAUUGCGCAGGGAAUCCUCGACAACCAACUUCCACUGUCAUCAGCCAUGCUGUCCACCCCUUGUCCCGGCAGUCCUGGACAAGUUGUUGGUACUUUGUUUCCUUCCUCUCUGCCGCUUCCUCACAUCCCUCCUCCCAUGGGACAGUAAGCUCCACCAUGAUGAUUUUCUUUCCCUCUGGGGACCACAAGACUAUGUCUGGUCUCAGAGUGGUGGACAGUACUGCCUCUGGGAAGAGGAGCUUCCGCCCCAGGUCGACCUCCAUCUCCCAUCCCUGGGCCAACUGCAAGAGGUUUUGGUUGGCUUGGCCUUGGACAACUGGUCUAUGACCCUCUUUCACGAAGGUGAUGGUGCUCAGCAAUGGUUUUGUUUUGGCUGGAUGUUUCUUUCUCCUCUCUUGCUCCAAGAUGUCUGCGAGCAUUGCCAACACCUUGUCAUGGCGCCACCUGUAUCUUCCCUGGGUCAAUGCUGUUUUGCACCCAGACAGAAUGUGCGCCAUAGUUCCUUUACCGCCACACAACCUGCACAGCGGGUCCUCCCUCAUUCCCCACCUAUGCAAGUUGACUGGGGUCGGCAGGGUGUCAUAUACUGCUCGAAGCAGGAAUGAGAUACGAAACGGCUCCAGCCUCCACAGUUCACUCCACGUCACGUUCCUCUUGGGAAGGUUCCACCUUGUCCAGGCACCUUGGGUUGCGAGCUCGAUGGCUUUAGCUCUCCUUCCUUCUUCCUCAAGGUUUCGGACUUCAUCCUGAAUCAAGGUCCUCCUUUCCCUGGGAGUGGACUUGGACCACUGCUGGAAAUGUGAUGUUCCUAGACCCUGUCUUCCAGUGCAGAGGCUUCCGAUGGUAUCUUUGGUCCUGAGAGAUGAUUCUGCCUGGGCAAUAGCAGUGCUAGCGGCCCACUUCCUGCCAGAUCUUGUUCUUAUUCCAGCUUCCCUGAUCAGCCGAUCUUGGGAGUCCCUAUACGUCAGGGAAAGUCUGCAUUUUGCGACUUUAAACUCCUCCAGAACUGAAGACAGGGGGAGCUGGAGCUGGCCCGACCUUAUGUAGAGCCCCGUAGAUGUAAAGCUCGGGGGUAUCCCCAACCAUUUCCGAAGGUGCUUGUUGAGCUUCCUCUCCAACCCUUCAACUGUUGUUAUCGCCACUUCGUACACGGUGAGAAGCCACAUAAGUCUUUGGAGUAAGCCGUGCUGGUAGAUCCAGCACUUGUAUUUCCCAGGCAGACCAGACUUGUCAAUCCUUUUCAACCAUUCUUCAACCUGAUUUUCGGUGCUGGAGAUGCUGUUUUUAUCCGUCAUGGAAUCAUCAUACCACUUUCCAAGGCAUUUAAUAGGGUUCCCUUGGAUGUUUGGGAUUGCUUCCCCCUGAACAAGCAACUUGAACUUUCCCGUUGUUUUUCCCUUUUGGAUCACCAGACACCUUGAUUUCUUGGGCUUGAAGAUCAUCUUUGCCCAAGUAGCCAUACGAUCCAGUUCCGCCAGGACCCAUCUCGCCUGCACGUGAGUUGGUGUUAUCACGGUAAGAUCAUCCAUGAAUGCCCUGAUUGCUGGUUGUUGACUUCCUGCUGCAGUCUUUGGUCCUCUUGACUUUAUGAUCGCUGCAGAGAUGAUCAGGUUCAUUCCCAUGACAAACAAGAUGGGAGAGAUGGUGCACCCUGUCACUAUUCCCUUCUCCACUGGCUGCCAUUUAGUUGUGAACAUGGCUGCUUGGAAUCGUAGCUUGAUGUCUCCCAGGUAGCUGGUGAUCAUCCCCUGGAUGUGAUGUGGGAUGUGGUAAUGGUCCAUAGCCACUUGGAUCACGUUAUGGGGAAUUGACCCAUAUGCAUUAGCAAAAUCAAGCCAGACUACUGUUAGGUUGCCUUUCUUCUCCUUUGCUUCUUGGAUAAGUUGGCUGAGGAGCCCUGUAUGCUCCAGGCACCCGGAGAACCCUUCGAUACCGCCCUUCUGGAUAGAGGUGUUAAUAUAUCCAUUCCGGGUCAUAAAGGAGCUCAUUAUUUUGGCCAGCACUGAAAAGAAGAUUUUCCCCUCCACACUUAGCAAGGAAAUGGUUCGGAACUGGCUGAUCUUUGUGGAUCCCCGUUCUUUCGGCACAAAGCACCCUUCUGCCCUUCUCCAGCUUGUUGGUACGGUUCCUUUGGCCCAUAUAACCCGCAUAAGCUUCCACAGCCUGUGUAGGAGCUUAGGGCAUUUCUUGUAUACUUUGUAGGGUAUACCGCUGGGACCUGGGGCAGAAGCUGAUCUUGCGUGCUUGACAACCUCUUGAACCUCUCUCCAUGAUGGAUAUUCUGUGCUGAGGGAGGAUGUUGGUGGACUGAUGGUACCAAGCCCGAGAUUUCCUGGUAGGGCAUUGUUUCUUGAAGGGUCACUGAAUGUCUCUUCAACAAACUCCUCCACCUCCUCCUUAGAACUUGUUAGAGUCCCUGACCUCGUCUCUCCCAAAAGUGACUUGGUGAAGCGAUAGGGGUCUUUUAUGAACUGGGCUCGUGCAGCUUCCUGCCUUUUCCGCCUUUGCCUUUGCCCUUCAGCCCUUCUCAGCCUGAUGAGCUGCUCGCGGAGGCUGGCUGUCAGUUCUUUUAUACCUUCCUUUUCUUCCAUGCUUGCCAAUUUGAAUUGCUUUCUCAGGGUUUUAAUCUCCUUCCGAAUUUGUUUGAUCUUUCUUUCUCUUCUGUUUUCCUGCUUUUCUGGUCUGUCUUUGUUCUCUCUCCUUGGCACUGUUCCAAACCGCUCUUUUCCCAAGUUGUAGGUGAUGGCUGUGAGUGAAUCCACCUUCCUUUCUACUGAACCUGCUUGAACCAUUUCAAGCACCCUUUCCAGAUCUUCAUCGAGCAUGGACCACUCCUUGGUCUCACUCAUCUUAGGCCACUUGAUUCUUUCCUUCGUUGGCUGGGGUGGGCUUUCUGGGAUGGCAUUUGAGGUUGUCCUUGUGGGGUUUUGGGGGAUUGCAAGCACUGAGAGAUCUCUAGGACUAUGGUUUGCUUCCUGCCUAGGGUUCUCCUGCGUCUCACCAGACUGUUCGUCUGAGCGGUGUGCCUGUGUCCGUCCCUGUCCACACUUGGCCUUGUCCUUGGCUUUGCUCUGGUGUAUUUUGAGCCCUCUUGCACCUUUGCAGAUCUUUCCGCAAUUGCACUUCACUUCCCAUGCCUCCCCAGUCAAGGUGGUCUGUUUGAGCCUUCUCUGUGUCCGUGUCACUGUCAAAUCAUUGUAUUCCGUUUAUAUUUAUGUCUAACACAAUUUCCCAACUCAUGGAAACGGGGUUUGUAGUAAUAUCUUGUUUUUUUUUACUUACAACAUUACUGUGCAUUUUGACAAAUCAUGUCUUUCUUUUCAUGUCUGUGUAAAUACAUUUAUUUAAUAAUUGUUUUAAUAAAUUGAAUGUUCUGGUCAAUAAUUAA